AUGCCCCUCCUUCCUCGCCAAACCACCACGAACGGCGUCGUCGUCGUUCCCGCCACGUACGGCGGCUGGUCGAGCCUCGGCGCCGGUGCGAUUGUGGGUAUUACCCUCGGCGCCGUCGCAGGGUUUCUGCUCGUGUUGUGGAUGGUCUACACCUGCCUCAACUUUGGCCGGCCGGUAGAGGCCUCGUCGUCGUCGGUAUACACGGGUACCGCGUCGGUCGUCUCGGUGCGGCGGCAGCGGUCAAAGAGCCGGCAUCGCCACCGUAAGCAUCGCAGUCCGCGGGCGAGGGUGAUUGCGACGGAGGAGGUGAGGGUUAGGGAGAGCGUGAGCAGGCCGCCGGCACCGGGCGGUCCGAUUAUUGUUGAGGCAGCGCCGCCGCCGCCGAUGCAAGAGCGGAGACAUAGUCGAGCUCCGCCGCCGAGGAUCGUGACGGAUGAUGAGGAAGACGAGGUUGUGGUGAUUGAGGAGCAUUCGCCGUCGGAUAGAAGGAGACGGCGCCAUAGUAGCUCGCGGCGGCACAGUCACCGGGGAGAGAGCCGGCGUGGGAGCCGGGACUACUGA